UCUUAACCCUCCCAUUCAUAAAAAGCCAUUUCCCUCAUGUAGUCGCAGCGCCGUGUCAGAGAGAGACACAGAGAGAGAGAGAGAGAGGGAGAGAGAGAGAGAGAGAGAUAGAAGAAGAGUGAGACCGUGUUCAGCGCUCGGUGCUGCUGCUCCGGACGGCUCUCUGCCGAGCUUUAACGGAACUAUAUCUCUGUGAUAUCGGACUAUAACGGCUGAAGAAGGACAAUGAGUUACUUGGAGAAGCGAGACUGCUAGAUGCUGACCUGAUCUCGGUUUGGUGUAUGUGGGACGCAGCCUACAGAUGGAGUCAAGGGUUCCUCACCACAUUCCUGGAGUCUCCUCCUCCAUUAUGGUGCAGCCAUUGCUGGACAGUCGGGUGCCUUACGGGCGACUCCAGCACCCACUGACCAUCUAUCCCAUUGACCAGAUGAAGUCUUUACAUGUGGAGAAUGACUAUAUCGACAGCCCUGCAGUGGUCUCGCAGCAGCCACCGAGCCACAAGGUAGCCACCAGGGGGCAGGAGGUUCUGCUGGUGGGAGCCCAGCACCACCCUCACCUGCCCCGCUGCGAGGCUCCAGAUGCCACCACGCACCCCUGGAUCUCCUUCAGUGGCCGACCCAGCUCCAUCAGCAGCAGUAGCAGCACCUCUUCCGACCAGCGGUUGCUGGAGCAUGCGGCACCCACCCCUGUGGUGGACCCUUAUUCUGGCGGAGGAGGCCAUGCCAGAAACCUGGGAACAGAGCAACCAAAGCUGGUGGGCUCCAAGCCCCAGGACUCGAAGACAGGGGUGGCCUUGCCGGCUGAGAAAAACCAUAUGCCCCUGUGCGAGAAGUGUGGAAAAUGCAGGUGCACGGAAUGCACGUUGCCCCGGAACCUGCCCUCAUGCUGGGUGUGCAACCAGGAGUGUCUGUGUUCGGCCCAGAACCUGGUGGACUCAGCCACCUGCAUGUGCCUUGUCAAGGGCGUUUUCUACCACUGCACCGAGGACGAGGACGAGGAGGGUUCCUGCGCAGACAAGCCGUGCUCCUGCUCGCAUUCAAACUGCUGCGCCCGCUGGUCCUUCAUGGCCGCCAUUUCACUGGUGCUGCCCUGCUUGGUGUGCUAUUUGCCCGCCAUGGGCUGCGCCAAGCUCUCGCAGAAGUGCUACGACAGCCUCAGUCGUCCGGGCUGCCGCUGCAAAAGUGCCCAGGCCUGCAAAGUGGCAGAAGCCAAGGCCUGUCCUCUAGAGAAGCAGGCCUCGUGAUGCCAUGCCCAGCAUGAAAUGUACAAAGGAGGACUCAUGAGCAGAAGCUGGUAGGACCUUCUCCAGCACUCGUGUACUUCCCCGAAAUCACGGUACUUAAAGGGUUCACGCUUGAUCCUCAUGGCAUAGGCCAGCUAGAACGACUAGCACAAGUCAUAGCACCUGGCCAUAAAAUGCUACAAAGAGAAGAAGCCCAUUUGUUUUCCUGUUGGGGUUCUUCUCUGUGGCCUGUGGGAUCAAAGUGUUCUGCCAUUUCAGCCUCUAGUUAAAACACUCGCCAACACAGAAUGCUGCAUUAGAGCAAAAUGUCUGUUUGAAAGAGUCCAAUCUCUUUUCUUUCUGUUUAUUUUCCCUUUGGGUGGCUUGGAACAGUCAAAGUAAAUAUCACCCGUAGAAGAGCAUUCUAUACUCUGGCAAUCCCUCUCCAAAUCUGGCACUGGGAAAAGGUUGCAGUGCAUUCCAGGCUGAUAACACAUGUUAUAAUCAAAAUAACUAGACUUUACCUCCAUGCCCACUUAUAAGCUUGUUAUAGAGCUUUUCUUCACCCUACUUUUCUGAGGUAAGAACAGGAGGCAGUGUUGUUUGGUCAAAGGAGUUCCUUUAUUGCCCAUACAUGCAUAGUACAUUGGACGUUAAGUAAAAGAGGCCACCAUACAACAUCGUAGAAUAGGAUGUUUGUGAGGUUUGGACGGCAGUUAAGUCACUUUUACAAAUCUAUUCAAAUGCAUGUCACACCGUACAUGAACUUCCACAAUGUUUCUUCCAAAUAUUAGCAGUCUGAGUCAUUGUAGGGAAAAAAAACUUCACCUCAGGGAGCAUAAUUUUCACAUAAAUUAUGUACAGCAUGUAAAAUUCAACUUAACGAGAACUUGCUAGACUAGCAAAGGUAACCAUUUGAGAGAAGCUAUUGCAUAGUGACACACAAAGCAUCCAUAAGCUACAGGAGAAAAAGGGUCAGCAGCAAGCCUAUCUUGCUUCUAUGUCCAGAAUAUGAAGUCUGCCAAUAACACUACCAAUAUCAGUGAGGCACCCAAGAUUAAGGACAAAAGCACAGCAUUAUGUACAAUUUUGUGGUGAAAUUCCUUUAGUUUGCCUUGUGCCAGACCCCCCAUCCAACCAGGCAUACUCAGUGCCCUAGUUUUAGUUUGAUCUGCGUUCACUCUAUGUAUUUUUGUGGUAUGUCUAGAAUUACAGAUCUUUUUUGCCAAAGGAGUACACCAUAGAGCUCUAACUUGUGAACUUUUGUUUAAGUGGGCAUACUUCAUCGUGACUUCUAAGUUCCUAAAGGUACGAAGCUCUGUUUGGGCGCAGCCCCGCCCUCUCAUAUACCGAGCUCCCAACUCAUGUAAUCAAGUGUUUGUACCACCGCAUAUAGAGAGGUUUGUACUCGUCUUCGUUGCACAAAUCAAGGAAAAAAAAAAAAAAGCAGAAAAACACUACUGUUCUUAGUCUUAAAUGUAUAAGGC